AUGCUGGCACCCUUCAUCAGCGAGCUGGACAAAUUAGCUCCGUCAUUUUCCAUCCACGGCUCGCAGGUGCAGAUCCUCCAGACCCCGGCCGAAUUCUACGAUACGCUCAAGGACAAGAUUCGCAAGGCAGAGAGGCGUAUCUUUCUAUCGACUCUGUACAUUGGCAAAUCAGAGCGAGAACUCAUCACGACCCUGCAGGAAGCCUUGAGGAAGAACCUGGACCUGAAGCUCAGCAUCCUGACUGAUGCGCUGCGCGGGACCAGGGAGGCUCCUCAGCCAUCCUGCGCUUCACUUCUGGCUCCCCUGGUCGAAGAAUUUGGUCCCGACAGGGUCGAGAUCCGCAUGUACCAUACCCCCAACCUGACAGGCCUGCGAAAGAAGUAUAUACCCAGACGGAUCAACGAGGGGUGGGGUUUACAGCAUAUGAAGCUGUAUGGCUUCGAUGAUGAGAUCCUGCUCUCUGGCGCCAAUCUCUCCACAGAUUAUUUCACGAACCGACAGGACCGUUAUCACUUAUUCUCAUCCAAGGAAAUCACCGACUUCUUUUGGGGGCUUCAGAGUGUUGUGUCAUCCCUUAGCUUCAAAAUCGAGCCCUCGAAAUCUGCAGCUGGAUUUGAGAAGGUCUGGCCCUCUGAGAAUGCUGCGCCCUCGCCGCUUGAUAGUCCCAAGGAAUUUGUAUCGAAAGCCACAUCACGGAUCGAGCGUCUGAUCCUACCAUCAAAAACAUCACCACCACCUCAAAGAGAAGAUCACGACACGAGUGUCUAUCCGCUGGCUCAGAUGACACAGCUUCUAUCACCAGAUACCUCGACAGAACUGCCAGCGCUCACCCACGUACUCAAAACUCUAGCUCUGCCUGCAUUUUCCAACUCUUCCUGGACCUUUACUGCCGGCUACUUCAACCCGGCGCCCUCUCUCACCAAACUCCUGCUUACCACCGCCUCCCACCACAAUGUUGUCAUCACUGCCUCUCCCUUCGCCAAUGGCUUCUUCAAGUCCAAAGGUGUCUCAGGAAUGCUUCCUGACGCAUAUACUCUCCUUGCCCGAAACUUCCUACGUGACGUCCAUACCCGCAAGAAAGACCUCGCCAUCACUCUGAAAGAGUGGCGCAAGGGCACAGUCAACGAGCCGGGCGGCUGGACGUACCACGCAAAGGGCCUAUGGAUCACGCUACCCUCCGAAUCCAGUCCUUCAUUGAGUCUAGUGGGCAGCUCGAACUACACGAAACGUAGCUACUCGCUCGACCUCGAGGCCAACGCAAUGAUUCUCACACGCAAUGAGGACCUCAAGAAGAGGCUAGGUGACGAGCAGCAGUGGUUGCAAGAGCAUGCGACACAAGUCACCAGGGAUGACUUUGCGAGGACGGAGAGGAGGGUGAGCUUGAAGGUGCGGAUCGCCAUGUGGAUUGUUUCGCUCGUUGGCGGAGCUCUCUGA